AUGGCUACCCUCAUGCCCCGCGCGUAUCGCUCCGCCACUGAAUACAAUUUCGACGAAGCACAAGCCAACGCCAUUAUUCGAAACACCACCUAUCACCCCGAUGGCUACUGGCUGACGCCGCGCUUCCUCGGCCAUAUUCACGAAAGUGGACGAAUCAUGGGGUUUCUAUUGGGCAAAAUAGAAGGACGCCCUGCUUCCAUUCAGGAUCUGGAUAUCUGUGAAGUAGCUUUGGGGAAACUUCAUGAAUUGGGGUAUUCACAUGGGGAUGUGAACCGAUACAACUUUGUUGUUGCGGAAAAGGGGGUAAAAACUGUCGACUUUGAAUGUCUCCAGGAAAAUGCCAGUCCGGACUCAAUGUACGAAGAGCUGGGGAGUCUAUGUGUCCGAUUGACUGAUGAGUCCGGGCUUGGUGGCGGUUUCAUAGUCGGGACAGCUGCAGAUGUUGAUGGCAGUUCGAGUGAUUUCACACCUGCUUACGGAGGUUGA